AUAUCUACAUAUGAUUACAUCAGGUGUUAAGCUUGAGAGCUUAAAAUCUUAAAUAUAAAUAACUUUUUAGCUUAAAUUUUAAGUAUAUCCCUACUAAUAUUUAAAUAUUGAAUAUAUAUGUAAGUUACCCCAAAAUAGCUUACACCAACCCGGAGAACAGGUAAUUAUUUAAAAUACAUUUUACAUUAAGAAUAUAAAUUUCCAGCAAAAAAGCUUUUAAGUACUUAAAAACCCACCGCAGUGGUGAAUUAUAAUAUAGACAUGAACGGUCACAUUGAGCUUUCCGUCACUGUUAGGAAACCAGUUCUAGUACGACCGCAUUUGAGGUGACGAAAAAUACUUUCAACACAUGAAAGCUCAACAGAGUACCAACUAGCUAUCUCCCACUGGCCCCACUGCAAAAAAACACCGCGCUGAACAGACGUUUUUUUUGUUGCUAGGAAUCGGUAGUGAUCAAAAAUCGCGACCAAUUUCGACGGCGGAGAAAUUGCCAAAAGUUGACAAACAAACACGUUUUUAGUUACCACCAAUUAAAAGAAAAAAAACAGAAAAAGAAAGUGAAACAUAAACAAAUAAGGCGGCUGUUAAAAAGUAAAGAGGAAAGUGAACGUUAAACAAUAAACCAUCAUUCACCAUUGUGUGUGCAGCAGGAAGGAAGAAGCGGAGGAGAGGAAACGCAGAAGAUUCAAGCUGAAAUAUACAACAACAACAACAGCGACAACAAGGAGAACAUUUACUGCGCCGCAGCAUUUUACCGUUGUAGUCGGGCUCUCAUCAUCCAAAAAAAAUUUGAGAACGAAACCGAGGACAGUCAUCAAUUAAAAGUGAAGAGCAUUGGAAAAUCGCGGGAACGUCGUCGUCGGCGGUGCAAACUGCGAAUUUUCUGUUUUUGCGCAGAUUUUUGGAACGAGUGAGAAAGGAGGCCGGUAGGCGGGGCAAGGCGACGUCAUUGAACGCAUAGAUCCCGGACGACGCAGCCAUCGAGCUGUUGUCCGGGACGGAGAUCAACAAGAACAACAGCAAAAGAGGUGGUGGAGGAGGAGGAGGCGGGCAGAGGUUGGACUACGGACUAUAGAAGUCACCCACGCACCCAUUCUCUCAUAGAUUGAAACCCCUUGAAGCAACACAAUGAUCUCAAAUAAAAAAUCGUAUGCUAUGAAAAUGCUGCAGCUGGCUUUGGCCUUAAGUCUGCUGCAUUAUAAUCCGGAUUAUCUACUCCAUCGCUGGGACUCGCAGCUGGAACUGGGCACCCAUGGCGAUGGAUGGGAGCUGGAGAUGCUACGCUCGGUCCAUCGUUUGGAUAUGGAUCAAAACCCCUAUGGAAAUCGUAAAGGAUUGAGUCCGAGGAUUGAAGAUCUACUGAAUUUCGAUGAUCCCUCAUUGGGAGGUGUUGUCAAUGGAAUGGGGGAGUACAAGCUUCCUCCGAGUUUCAAUGGCAGCACCUUCGUAAUGAAUCUGCAUAACACCACCGGGAAUAGUAGUGUCCAGACAGCAGCUCUGCAGGAUGUACAGAGUAAUAGUGCUGGAGCCACUGCCAGUUCGGUGGGGGUUGGUACCGGUAGUUCACCCACAUCCGGUGGACCAACUAGUGGAUCAGGACUAGGAGAAAUCCACAUUGAUACCGCUUCGUUGGCAGCUGGAAAUGCAAACCAUUCGCUCCUGCAUCCAGCACCUGAAUUGGACAUUUUCCUUUCGCCACAUGUCCUGCAUGAUCAGCGUUCGAUUUGGGAACAGAAUCUGGCGGAUCUCCAUGACUACAACGAUUUGAAUUUGCAUCCCAGUCCCUAUGUAAAUCUACCUCUUAAGGAUGGCCAGCAACAGCCACCGAAUAGCUCGCACUUGGAUCUCAGUUUGGCUGCCCUACUUCAUGGUUUCACUGGUGGCAGUGCCACGCCUUUGAGCAAUGAAGCCCUCAACGACAGCACGCCACAUCCCAGGAAUCUGGGUAGUGUCACAAAUAACUCGGCUGGAAGGAACGAUGGGGAUGGCGAGGAGAGCCUGUAUCUGGGUCGACUGUUUGGACAGGACGAGGACGAAGAUUACGAGGGCGAGAUAGCCGGUGGAGUGGCCAAUGCCUGUGAGGUAGAAGGUCUGACCACCGACGAGCCCUUUGGCAGUAAUACCUUCGCCAAUGAGGUGGAAAUCGGAGAUGACGAGGAGGAGAGUGAGAUCGCUGAAGUGUUGUACAAGCAGGAUGUGGAUUUGGGCUUCAGUUUGGACCAGGAGGCCAUCAUCAAUGCCUCCUAUGCUAGCGGCAAUAGUGCGGCUACCAAUGCCAAGUCGAAGCUUGAAGAUGAGAUCAAGUCCUCGGAUCCUUCCAUUUCGGAAUCGAGUGGCUACAAGGACACCAAUGUCAGCGGCGAGAACGAGGCUAGUGGCGCCUCUGCUGACGAUAUUGAGAAGUUGAAAGCUCUCGAAGAGCUUCAGCAAGAUAAGGACAAGGACAAUGAGAAUCCCUUGGAGGACAUUACCAAUGAGUGGAACGGAAUACCCUUUACCAUCGAUAACGAAACUGGUGAAUACAUUCGCUUGCCCCUGGAUGAGUUGUUGAACGACGUACUCAAGCUCUCUGAAUUCCCGCUCGAAGACGAGUUAACCAACGAUCCAGUGGCCUCCACUUCUCAAGCAGCUGCUGCAUUGAACGAGAACCAAGCCCAACGUGUUGUAUCUGAAACUGGUGAGGAUUUCCUCAGUGGCGAGGUCGUACCCAACAAGCGCGGUAGAGUCGGAGUAGAGGACAAGGAUAACGAUCCGGAGAAGGCUGACGGAGAUAGCUUCUCGGUGAGCGACUUCGAGGAUCUACAAAACUCUGUGGGCUCGCCCCUGUUUGACUUAGAUGAGGACGCCAAGAAGGAGCUAGACGAGAUGUUGCAAUCCACGGCUCCACCCUACCAUCACCCCCAUCCGCAUCAUGGCCAUCAUCCCCAUGCCCAUCCACAUAGCCACCAUCAUGCAACGAUGCACCAUGCCCAUGCCCAUCAUGCCGCUGCUGCAGCUGCCGCCCACCAAAGGGCCGUUCAGCAGGCCAACUAUGGCGGUGGCGUUGGCGUGGGCGUUGGCGUCGGUGUCGGUGUGGGCGUGGGUAGCGGCACGGGAAGCGCCUUCCAGAGGCAGCCAGCUGCCAGCGGAUUCCAUCAUGGCCAUCACCAGGGCCGCAUGACGCGUCUGAAUCGCAGCGUUUCGAUGGAGCGUCUUCAGGACUUUGCCACCUACUUCAGUCCCAUUCCAAGCAUGGUGGGCGGGGUAUCGGAUAUGUCACCAUAUCCUCAUCACUAUCCCGGUUAUUCAUAUCAGGCGAGUCCCUCGAAUGGAGCUCCAGGAACACCUGGCCAGCAUGGUCAGUAUGGUAGUGGCGCCACUGCUGCCUUGCAGCCACCACCACCACCGCCGCCACAUCAUGCGGCCAUGUUGCAUCAUCCGAAUGCCCCCUUGGGCGACAUCUGCCCCACUGGCCAGCCCCACUAUGGACACAAUCUUGGUUCCGCUGUUACUUCGAGUAUGCAUUUGACCAACUCCAGUCAUGAGGCCGACGGAGCAGCCGCCGCUGCUGCCGCUUACAAGGUGGAGCACGAUCUUAUGUACUACUCGAACACCUCUUCGGACAUUAACCAAACGGAUGGCUUUAUCAACUCCAUUUUCACCGAUGAGGAUCUGCACUUGAUGGACAUGAAUGAGAGCUUCUGUCGCAUGGUGGACAACAGCACUAGCAACAACUCUUCGGUUCUGGGCUUGCCCAGCAGUGGACAUGUUAGCAACGGCUCUGGCAGCUCGGCACAUCUCGGGGCGGGAAAUCCGCACGGUAACCAGGCUAACGGAGCUGCUGGCGGCGUUAACUCGAUGAGCGGUUCAGCUGUGGGCACUGGAGCAGCGGGCAUGACCGCUGAUCUAUUGGCCAGCGGUGGUGCAGGAGCUCAGGGCGGUGCGGAUCGCUUGGACGCAUCCAGCGAUAGUGCUGUCAGUUCGAUGGGUUCGGAGCGUGUGCCGUCCCUCUCCGACGGCGAAUGGGGCGAGGGCAGUGACUCCGCCCAGGAUUAUCAUCAGGGCAAAUAUGGCGGCCCCUACGACUUUAGCUACAACAACAAUUCGCGGUUGAGUACCGCUACACGACAGCCGCCGGUGGCACAAAAGAAACAUCAGCUGUAUGGCAAGAGGGAUCCCCACAAGCAGACGCCAUCGGCUCUGCCACCCACGGUUCCACCAGCAGCUGCAACUGCAGUCCAAUCGCAGAACAUUAAGUACGAGUACGAUGCUGGUUAUGCCUCGUCGGGAAUGGCCAGCAGUGGCAUCAGCGAGCCAGGAGCAAUGGGACCCGCUCUUACCAAGGACUACCAUCAUCACCAGGCCUACGGAAUGGGAGCCAGUGGAAGUACCUUCUCCGCUGACUAUAAUGUUCGCCCAUCGCCCAGAACUUCGCAGGAUUUGGUGCAACUAAAUCACACCUACUCGUUGCCCCAGGGAAGUGGCUCCCUGCCCAGACCCCAGGCUCGCGAUAAGAAGCCUCUGGUGGCCACUAAGACCGCUUCGAAGGGAUCGAGUGCCGGCAGCAGCAGCAGUGCCGGCGGUAGUAGCAGCAAUAUGGAGGAUGAGCAUCUGACACGCGAUGAAAAGCGUGCCCGGUCUCUGAACAUCCCAAUUUCGGUUCAGGACAUCAUUAAUCUGCCCAUGGACGAGUUCAACGAGCGAUUGUCCAAGUACGACCUAAGCGAGAACCAGUUGUCGUUGAUCCGUGACAUUCGUCGGCGGGGAAAGAACAAGGUUGCUGCCCAGAACUGCCGGAAACGCAAACUGGACCAGAUCUUGACCCUUGAGGACGAGGUGAAUGCCGUGGUCAAGCGCAAGACGCAGCUUAAUCAGGAUCGGGAUCAUUUGGAGAGCGAGCGCAAGCGCAUCUCGAACAAGUUUGCCAUGCUGCAUCGUCAUGUCUUCCAGUAUCUUCGUGAUCCUGAGGGUAAUCCUUGCUCGCCGGCGGACUAUAGUCUGCAGCAGGCUGCCGAUGGAUCCGUUUACUUGCUGCCUCGAAAAUCCGAGGGCAACAGCACAGCCACGGCUGCCUCCAACGCAGUUUCGUCGGCUAGCGGUGGAAGCUUGAACGGCCAUCUUCCCACUCAGGCGCCAAUGCAUGGCCAUCAUGGCCAACAUGGUAUGCAGGCGCAACAUGUGGGCAGUGGAAUGUCGCAGCAACAGCAGUCGAGGUUGCCGCCUCACCUGCAACAGCAGCAGCAGCAACAGCAUCAUCUGCAAUCGCAGCAACAGCAACCGGGAGGUCAGCAGCAGCAGCAACAUCGCAAGGAAUGAAAGUACCUGUUGCGAAUUGCCGCAACUAAGAGUUGGUUCACUAGCUUCCAGCGCGAGCAGCAGCAUCGAUCCGAGCAGCAGCAACAUGAUGAGCAGCAGCAACAGUUCGAUUACCGCUACGACAUGUUGAACAACAGUUACCUGUACUACUGAGCGGCGAUUUGGUUAUUCUUUAUUCCGGUGUACUCUAGCUGCAACGUGUUGCUGGCAACGUGUUGCUGGCAACGUGUUGAUGCACCUGCUGCUGUCGGCCCAUUAUGGAGCUGUCUCCAUUCAUCGCACCAAUAUCCUCCCAUUUAUGGUUUACUCAUUUAGUCAGCAUUGAUUGUUAUUUAUUUUUUAAUUAAUUAAUUAUUUGAACUCGUCCAGAGUUCGUCUUGCAAGUUGUUGCCCCGUUCAUGGAGUGCUAAAGCAAAGCCUUUUACUUAAUUGCAAUUACUAAAAGAGAAAAACGAAAAACAAUACUUGUGAUAAAUCAGUUCUUCAACUAUGAAUUCUUGGCGCCCACAAAAAGUAAAAAAAAAAAAAGAAAAGCUGACAGAGAAAUGCAGAGAGAGAAACAGAUCCGAAAUGAAUGUAAUCAAAUAUGCUUGAAAUGAAUUUGUAAAUCAGAAUCAGAACUAACAUUCACAAUCAAAACGCAUCGUCCAACAAUAUUUGAUGGUGAAAUCGUUUACAUCUCUAUAAUAUUAGCUUGUAAAAUAUGAAAACAAAUGUAUAAAUUAGAUGUUAGGUACAACACACACACACACGCAUACAAAACGAUUGUAAAGGUUGGAAAAUAUUGCUGGACAUUUUCAUGAAUAAGGCCCAUAAGACACACUUAGCUGUAGGGUAUCAUCUAGUGAGAGAUACAUAUAUGUAAAUCGUUCUAAAUUUAUAAGGCAUUUAUCAAAAUCCCAUUCACAAAAAAAAAAAAAAACACGAAAAGAUAACACAAAUUAGCGUAUCACUUGGAGCUAGCACUUAGCCACUGUAAAUACAUAACUUAAACUUAGUUAACAUUUAACCAACCAGCGCUAGGCUACAGCAACUAAGAGUGUGCUAAACACACUCCUCAAAGAAACUAAAGGAAAAACUAAAAAAAAAAAGGAAAAUAAAGAAACGGAAAAUAAGUUUAAAAGUUAAAACAAUAGCUCUUGCUAGGGCGGCCCUUUAACUGUCCUGGUAAUGGCUUAGUCGAUAAGCGAGUAAGAGAUAUUAAUAUUUAAUAUUCUUAAACAUGUCCUACAGCAUAAAGAGUUUAACUUAAAACUAAGCAACAGCUAUAUGCCUAAUGAUAAUACAUAGAUACAGAUACGAUAUCAAACUUAAGAGAAACAAAAACAGAUCCGCGCGAUACGAAAACGAAACAAAAAUCUAUUGUUAAUAUAGGCAUAUGUAUUUUAAUUGUUGUAAUGAAUUUCGCGCAAAUUUUGGAACUUCAAAACUAAAACUAAAACGAAAUUCAAUAAAAACAAAAGUGCGCAACUUCAGUAAAAGAAA